UGAGUGCACACACAUACGCGUAUUUUGAGGGAAACGCUGACAAAGACAAGAAGUGACUUCACUUUGACAACUUUCACAGAUCAGCGUGCCCGUUGACCCCAGCGAUCUGCUCUGACCUACAUCCGCUGAGCUUCUUCUCGGCAGCUGAGGCUUGUCGUUCGAGGAAACAGGAAGUGGCGCGCCGCUUGGUCCUCUGCUGCCCGGCGACACUCCAUUCACUCUGGGACUGGUUGAUGAUUAACAGGCGAGGCAGAACCUUCCGUGCAACACUCUGUAGAGGGACCAGUGAGACUCAGAUCGGGACUUGGUCAGCUGAGAGAGAAGCACGGCGCAGACAUGGACAACUCGAGAGUUCCGACCCCCACCUCCACCAGGGCUGGGCCGGCCAAACUGGACCACGUUCAAGGUCAAGUCAACGAGGUCAAGGUCAUCCUCUCUGACAACAUCAACAAGGUCCUGGAGAGAGGCGACCGACUAGACGACCUGAUCGGCAAAACGGACGACCUGCAGGCGACGGCCGACUCCUUCCAGAGAACGUCGACGCGCGUGGCGAGGAAGUUCUGGUGGAAGAACAUCAAAAUGAUGAUUCUGAUCGGCGUGGUCGUGCUCAUCAUCUUCAUCCUCAUCAUCCUCGCUGCCACCAACGUCAUAUGAACUCUUGAAUCAUAGCCAAGAAGAACCACGAUGUAUCAUUCCCAUGAUCGCGUUCAUUUGGCCAAACCCUCCAGUGUUGUCUUCGUCCACUUCGUCACUUCUGCGUAAUUCAGCUACCUGUCCGUCGAGACAUUCUCACACCAAAGCGGGACUCCAGAAUGAAGAAUCAAGCCACGAUAGAUGGACAGAAAGCGACAUGCUACAUGGCUUCCAUCAAUCUUCCAGCGUUCAUGAAGACCUUAGCUUCCACUAACAUUUCUCUGACUUGUUUAGCUGCAGUUACACAUCUACAUCUACUGUUCUGAUGGUACACAAAUGCUAGCGAUAAGUCAUCGUAGAGCUAAAGGGGAGCGCUGCGACUAGCUCUUUGUGACUUAUCGUGUUGCUGUACCGCUCAGAUCAGCUAACAGGGUAGCGAACCAGCGUCGACAUUCCUUUCCUCAGACAGUUGGGUUUGUCUCCCCAGAAAAACAAGGCAUUCCCAAGGAAACGUGGCAAAGUUUUUCCCUUGUUCAGAUCCUGUAUGUUCUUACAAAGAGGACCUUGCUCCCCUUUUAGAUGAGAAGUGCUUUAGCAUUGCGAUCUUGCUCCUUCGCCGACAGUUUGUGGUCGUAAAAGGGUCAGAAAUUGUUGAAACCCUGACCCUGAGUUUUACAUUUGCACUGGAUGCGUCGACAUGCAGAAGCCCGAUUGUGGUUAUCAACCAUCAGCUAGCAUGAGAGCCGUGUAGCAUGCGCGAGCCGUUAACACUCCGAUGAGUCCAGAAAAAUUAGAUACACAAGAAUCAAAUGUUUUGUCACUUUAUUGUGUAUAUGUUGGUAUCCACCGCUGAUACUUGUGUUUGUUUGCUACCACAGAAAUGUAAAUACAGGCUAAAUAAACAGAGGCUUUCACAAACAGCGGGUGCAAACACU